AUGGACAGUCGGGGCAAAUUUAUGGAAGAUGAAAAUUUGAAUGAAGGUAUGUCCUAUCUGUCCCUUUCCGGCUCAAAUGACUUCUCAAAUGACAUAAAUAACUGCGAUAGUGGCGGACACGCCAACGAAAGUGGCAUAAAUGGCGACUUGAGCGCAAACAUGGCGCCAGGCAUCGAGAGAGGUACGAAUUACAAGUUGAACGAAGGAGACCCUUCUGACGACGAAGUGAUGUUUGUCGGAAGCAGCAUCACCGUAAAAACAGAAAAGGAAGCCAAGGAACCCUUGUCUGACGAGGCUUACGAUGCAGUGGUAGACAAAAGUGGUGGCGAUCAAGACGGUUUUAAAGGCGACCAUGCAGACAGCGCAGGCAAUAAGUCAGGGUGGCUGAUAAGUAACUUUAAAAGGGCCCCAAGGGCACACUACGUGCAGAAUGCGAACAGCAUCAGGAAGGGCAGCAACAAGGGCUCGCUGGAGCUGCUUGACAACAUCAUAGACAUCAAGGACCUGUCGAAGGUCUCCUCGCAGUGCUCAACGGUGUCGAAUAACACCAGCUACACAUACCCCUCGAGCUACCACUUCAACUGCGGCGACGGGAGGAGGAGCAGGAGGAGGAGGUCGAGCCUGAGGCAGUACGCCACGCCAGCCCCUUGCAACUACCCCCUCAACUACUGCGACGACAUCAUGUACAGCAAUGGCGGCAACAAGGGCUUUCUGAGGUUCUUUAACCCGGAAAGGAUAAACAGUUGGAUGAAGACUAUCUUCAACGUGACGAAGACCAUCAUAUUAAUAUACGUAGUGGUGUCGAUUUUCUUAAUUGUCAAGAGAGAUAUAGAAACUCACAUUCAGAGAAACGUGAAGACUGUCGAUAACGAAUCGCUCACUUGUUUGAACGAGUAUAAGAGGAACAAGUGCGGCGUUUUGGAAAUCCCGGCCCUGGUUGACCAGUGCAGAGAGUGGGAGAUUUGCAUGAAAAAGGACUCCCUGAACUACGAGAACAUCUCACUCAUCUCCGCGAGCGUUAUCGCAUCCUCAAUAAAGCAUUUCAUCUCACAACUAGACUUGAAGUCGCUGCUCUUUAUACUUUUCAUAUUCCUGCUCAUCCUGUACAGAAACAGGCCGCGUCAAAUCAGUCACCCCUCUGGGACGUAUUACGUGGACGGGAGUAACGGAUACUCGCAGAGGCUGAACAGAUACUUUGUGCCGAAUUACAUGAACAAAUCAAUAUACCCCUACGCGAACAACAACUAA